UACAGUCAUGUCUCGUUUAUUUCAAUUCCGGUUACUUCAACUUUCGCUUAUUUCAACGGUCAACGGCCACUUACGGUUCUAGUUGCGUACGCGUAGUGUACAGUACGUAGGAGGAGUUCAGAUAUUUCAACGUUCGCUUAUUUCAAGGGUCGACGGCUUCGACGGCGUUGAAAUAAACGAGACUGUACUCUAAAUUCCUUGGCAAGGGGAUUCUGGACAUUGGACGUGGCCGCACUUGAGCCCACCUCUAGCUCACUUUCUUUUGCGACUGCAUAUUCUGCGCCAUGGGUGGAGACUUCAUGACUCCAAAGGCAAUAGCCAACCGCAUAAAAGCAAAAGGCCUCCAAAAGCUACGCUGGUACUGCCAAAUGUGCGAAAAGCAAUGCCGUGACGAAAACGGCUUCAAAUGCCACUGUACCUCCGAAUCCCACCUGCGCCAAAUGGCACUCUUCUCCGAGUCCUCAGACUCGUACCUCAACAACCACUCCAAAGACUUUUCAAACGAGUUCAUGAAACUUCUCUCGCGGCGGUACGGGACUCGACGUGUCCAUGCGAAUCUCGUUUACCAGGAGUAUAUCUCGGAUAGGGAGCAUAUCCACAUGAACGCGACACAUUGGACAUCGCUUACGGAUUUCGUCAAACAUUUGGGCAAAGAAGGCUUGUGUGAGGUCGAUGAGACCGAGAAGGGGUGGUUUAUUAAAUGGGUAGAUCGGAGUCCCGCGACUUUGGCGAAACAGGAGGCCAUAUUGAAGAAGGAGAGGUUGGAGAAGACGGAUGAGGAGAGGGCUCAGAAGGAGCUGGAGGACCAGAUUAGGAGAGCGCAGGAGGAGAGCGGGAAGGAGCUCGUAAAUCAAGCGUCAGAACUCAAACGCACAACCAGCUCUGAACCCAUCAAACUUCAACUCAAACCCGCCACCACAACAAACACCUCUACAACAACAGGAGGAGGAUUCGCAAUGAAGAAGCCCGAAAUGCGGAAAGUCAACCCGCUGAAAUCCCUUUCCUCUUUGGCUAAAGUCAAGGCAGCGGAUUCGGCACCGGCAUCACCAAUGACAUUACCGUCAUCGACAUCGACGAUAGCGCAACCGAAGAAGUUGUCAGCGGUAGAGCAGAUUAUACAGGAUGAGAUGAGUAGGAAGCGGAAGUUUACGGGGCCGGGUCGGGUUGGGGUUAGUGGAGCUGGGGUGGGUGAUUUCAAGCGGAGGCGAUAAUAGAGUUUUGAGAUGCCGGGCGUAUCCUAUUGGUGCACACUGUGUACCAAGGUGACUUGCAAAAGCGACUUAGAACUUCUUCCUUUUGGUCAUGUGCUCUACUCCCCAUGCGGUGGACUGGGUAUGAGUCUAACCUGCUUCCCGGGCAUCCGGCGAAUAGAGUGCACAUACACAAUCAUUUUCUCGCGAGAGCGGCAUGCAGC